AGCUGUUAAUGGGUUAGUUUUAAAUCCAUUUUUCUCUAUUUUUGUAAAGUGGUUUUAAGUUUUAAUUUACGUUGAUUACAAGUUUCUAUUCUUCAAUUUUUUUUAUUUUUAUCUUUUUAGGGCCGAAAGGCCUUGUGCUGGAUUCGGUCCAGCGGAAGGUCAUGUGGGGUAGAGAGAGAGGGCUUCUAUUUAUCAUUUUUAGUCUUAUUUACUGGGUGGAAAAAUAAAAACUUACCUGAUAUCUGCUAAAAAAUUGAUGACAUCUCGUUUUCAUAUCCUCUCUUUCUCUCUUAAUUCUGGGGAUUUUCUCUCAGGGGGAUACUUUCCAUUCACAUGAUCUACAGUGUCCAUCUAACGUAAGCUCUACUUGUCAUUCAAGAGCCACCUUCCCUUGCACAGCAGUGGCAGGAUGAAAAAGAAAGCAAGGGAGAAGAGAAGAAGCUCUCCCUUGGCCCCUGUUGAUAUCUUGCUGAAUUAUUUCUCAAGGAUAACCUAUAAGAGAUGGUAGAAAGGUGCUCCAUGCCACCGGAGUCGGCCACUUCCGGCAGUGUUGAAGAAGAAGAACCUCAGGAUACAGAUUACUCCUCUUACCUUCCCCCUCUCACCGAUGAAGUUUCGCUUUUGAUUCUGGCUCGCACCCCCUUCUCCGAUCACCCCACCCUCCGUUGUCUCAGCCGCCGCCACCGCACCGUACUUGAGUCUGGGGAUCUUUACCGCAUCCGCCAAGCCCAUGACCUAUGCCAUCCCAUAGUCUUCAUGCGCGCUGGAGGUGGGUCUUGUUGGUUUGCCUUUUCCCCUGACUCGGGCCCUCGUCGCCGCCGCCGCUUCCGCCUCCCCCACUUCCCAAGCAACAACCGCUUUUAUGAUGGUGAUAAGGAAUCCAUUUGUGCUGGAAGCCACCUUUUAGUCUCAAGCCUUGACCCUGAAGGCCCCACCGUAUGGCGCUAUGAACUCGGAGCAAACCGCUGGUUCCGGGGGCCCGACAUGCUCUCAAAACGCAGUCUCUUCGCCUCAGCCAGCUCGGGUUCAUGUGCCUUCGUGGCUGGUGGGUGCGCUUAUGUCACCAGCUCUCUGACUGCCCGUGUGCCAAUGAACUCAGCUGAGCAAUACGACCCCGAGACACGCACAUGGAGACCACUCCCACCUAUGCAUAGGAAACGUACACAUUGCUCGGGGUUCUUCAUGAACUCGAAAUUUUACGUCGUCGGAGGAGAGGGAGUGAACAGAGAUGACUUAAAAUGUGGUGAAUUCUAUGACCCUGAGAUGAACGAGUGGGUACUCGUGGAGGGGAUGCUCGGUGACCGGCCAGUCCCAACAGGGUCUGAUGGACGGCCACUACCGAGGUCACAGCCGUUGGUGGCAGUAGUGAACGGGUGCGAACUUUAUGAGUUGGUGCCGUGCAUGAAUGCACUCAAGGUUUAUGAGGAGGAAGAGAAAAGGUGGAGGGUAGUUGGGUUCGUGCCGGUGAAGGCAGACCAGAAUGGGGGUUGGGGGGUGGCCUUUAAGUCAUUGGGGGACAGGCUCUUGGUGGUUGGGAGGGCUGGGUCCUCAGGGGGGGAAGGGGGGAGGGUAUGUGCUUGCACAUACAAGCCUGGGGUGGGGUGGGAGCUGCUGGAGGGGGCUGUUGGCAAUCUUGAUGACUUUGUUUUCAAUUGUGCUGUCAUGCUCACCUAGACACUAUAUUUUUACUUAGCUCACACCAUUUCUUCUUUUGCUUUUGUUACUGUAUAUUUCUUCUUUUUAAUGACUCAGAUAUCAGGUAUCACCUAAUACCUUCUUUAAUUUUCCUCUUGAU